CGUUGAGAAUAGUACAGUGUAUCAGGAGGAGCGGUGCGAUAAACUAGAAAGUUGAGUUGGCUUCCUCAUUUUUCCGCUAUGGUAGAAUGUUUUACUAUUUCAUAAAGAAAAACUCACCUUGUUUGGUGUAAAUAGUUACUGCGGGUGAAUUAGUGUGAAUGAGAAAGAGAAAGCGUUUGAUUUGUGGUGCAGUGCAGUGAGAACUUCAAUCUCCGAUCACACAAAGUAAAAGGAAUCGAAGGUUGUUUGCUCCAUCUAUCGUCGAUUUGAGACCAAACGCGUUUGUUCUCGCUCUUCCGUUUUCAUACUUCAUUUCAGUCCAACAAACUGUUACAUCUUUAACAAGUCCAAGUGAUCCCCCCCCCCCUAUCGGAAUUCCUUUAUCUCAAUUGACCAAAGCUGGCAUUAACUCCGUUAUACGUUUUUCUAUUUAACGCCAUUUUUUUAUUGUGUUUAGUUUCACCUUUUCAAUAAUUUAUCUACUUUCUAUUUUAUUUCCCAGUCGUUUACCCAUUUUUUAUUUUUAUAAAACCAUUUAAUAACAUUUAAUCUAACAGUCUUCGGUAGAUCGAUGGUAUCUUCCACUUAAGAUUUAAGAACACACAGUAAAUGCGAGGUUGACUCGGAACUCCAAGCGUGAGUGGGAGGCAUAGAAAAGUGCCGUCGAUCCUCUGGAAAAUUUCCCCUAACAUUUAUACACGGUGGCGGUUCGAAGAUCCAGUAGAGCUGACGGAACAAGCUGGCAGCGCCGUCUCUCCUGUAGGGUUCAGGACAGCAGCGUGUCGCUGCUGAGAAGACAGCAUCGUGGCACCGGCCAGCCGCCGGCGAUUGCGUCUUGCUUUGAUCGCCGGUACUGGAUUGCAGCCCAGCUACUGCAAUGCCUGGGCCGGGCGGAGCAGUAGCGGAUGCGGACCUUAUAGGCCUCGGUCAUGUCAAUCUACUUCCACCGCCGCUGCUGUCACCUCUCAAUGAGCAGCAGGAGCCCAGCCAGAGGAAGGAGGCGAACCCGAAUCGACAGCAUGUUGAUGAUGAUAAGAAGUCCGGACAAGAGUCGCAAAACCUGCAGGUGGUGCUGGUGGAGCCCGGCCACACGUUUCCCACCCGAAACGAUGCAGCCGAUUCGACCGAAGAGAUUGCUCUCUCUUUCCAAUCGUGGCUCCCAUCACCAGCACUGGAGCAGCAGUCGGCGUUUCGACUGCUGCGGGUCGCCGGCCCAUUGCCCAGUCCAACCAGCUCGGUUGAUUCUGCACCAGUCCCAGUGGAACGCACGCCAGCACCGGCCGUCGACUUGGUCGCCGCCGCCCUUGCUUUCGCCCAACCCAGACGAGCGAUUUGCCACAAUUGAUCCGCUUCGAGAAGCCUGGUAUUGGCCGAAUAGCAUUCCUUUGUUAGUUGCAUUUGUCUUCGUUAUUUCCGAUCUCCUGGUCCUUCUAGCCUUGGUCUUCCAUUUGGUUGAAUCUUCGCCGGUUUCCUUGUUGCCAGCCCCUUUGAUCGCACCCUCUCCGGUUUCAGUGGACGCUUUGAUUCUCUCCUCCCUCCCACCUUGCGAUCAGGUAGCUCACCCCCUGGCUCCGGAUGAGAGUGAAACUUACGGUUUGCAGUGCUUACACCCGCUCUUCCUGUCGGCUUCACCCAGCGAUGGAACACUGAUCUCGAUUUGGAUACUGGACAGCGCACUGCUCUGCUGCGCCGUCCUGUGCCGGCUCAUUCGGACAUCAUCCGUCUGGUUGCGGCGACCCAAAUCCAAAUUCGAUCACCGAUCCAAUUCCCUUGCCGGUGACGCCCGUUCGAAAUCGAAUUCCUUUUCCAAAUGUGUCGGUGACGGUGGUGAAGGUCAAUUCAAUGGUGACCGCACCGGAAGCCGGGACAUUAUUAACGUCCGGAUUAACGCUAAUCAUCGUUCCCUCCUUCACCGUGAUCACAACCGCAUCCGACGCAACGGCGACAAGUGUCACGUGACGUGGUGCGACUGGUGGAGUUGGCUGUGGCCAGCGCGGAACGAAAGCCCCGGUCUUGGUCGGCCCGAUCUUUUAGCUCAGUCGCACCGUCGACGGACGGACCGACGAGGUUGCCUUCAGUGGAUUUGUGCAAUUUCUCAGUGGCAGCGGCGAUCAAACCGCACCGGUGCCGAUAACGGCACUGCAAACGAUCGUUUCGUGAAUCGUCGGUUGGGGCGACGUCUUCCGACAGCUUCGCCCCCUAUGUUAGUAGCGAAUCAAGAGCAGACGAGCCGGCUCACCAUCACCAUCGAGCACCCGCUGUUCACUUCUCUCGGCCGAAGGAGAUCAGUUUGGAAAGCUUCGUCGACACUUUCUUCGAGUUGCCUGGUGGUAGUGCUCCUUUUGAGUAGUUUCAGUUCCUUUGCCGUUUCGUCUAGCACGCCAGGGCCGGCAUUUCAAUCAGUGCCGGAGUCGCCGUCAUCCUCACUGGCCGGCGACCGUUUGCCGAUGACCGACUCCCUCAAUCCAUGGCUGGCUGCCGAUGGUGGGCUCAUCCUGCGGGCGGCUAACGGGAACACUCCAAAUUCUUCGCCUCUCAACUGGAUUAGGCCCAAUCCCGGGUCAUGCACUCCUCAGCCGACUAUUCCGGCCUGUCCGUCCGACCGUUAUUGCCGUCUGCCCGAAACGGUGGGAAGCUUUGCCGUCAACGGGCGUCCAUUUCCAGUCACAUUUGGCCAUCGAAGUAGCAGUCUACCGACGAAUAGUCUCAAUACUAGCGGCGGCAGCAAAGACGACGUCCAAAACGGGCCGCCCUCGCUCGACCCCGCCAAAGGCAACAAUGCAAGAAGAGAAGGUGGCGAAGAAGAGGUUGAGAGAUGGAGCGGACGCGGAGUGACGGCUGACGACGGCGGCUCGAGGAACGCGGACGCAGCCGUAGCCAAAGUUAGUCAGUGCCUUCCUUACUUGAAGCCCAGCAGUAGGAGCCAGGAGACGAACGAUGGGGAUCGAGAUGAGGGACCGUCGUCAGCCGAGUGCAUCUGCGGCCAUGCCGACGGCGCCAAACGGGUCGACACCUUGCGCAAGUACCACCUGCACCACUGCUACCACUACAGCUUGUGGCACGUCCUCAGCGACACCAUGCGAGAGGGCAUCGCCAUCAGCCGGUCGCAGUGCUAUGCUUACCUUGAGGCCGUCGAGCGACUGGACAACCUUGCCGCCCACUUUGUGUGCCAAUUUGAGGAUAUCAUUCGACGUUACGAUUGUGGCCAGACUUUCUCCAGCAAGUCGUCGUGCCAGAAAUGCAAGAUUGCUUAUCGCCAAUGGGUGUGUUCCAUGGUUUUGCCAAUGUGGCUAGACGGAGAUCGCAUCAAGCCGUGUCGGACCUUUUGUCACGAAGUAGAGCGCUUGUGCCCAUAUUUCUUGCCGGCUGAAAAAUCGGGACCCGGUAGUCAGUAUGCUGGAGAGCCUUCGUUUCUUUGCAUCGAUCCUGACGUACGGGAAACCACCAAUCAGUCGACAAAUUCAGCUUACAGUGAACGGUCUUGUUACCGGCCAUGCACUCUGGAGUACAAUCUAGAGCCAGACAUCGACCCGUCACUCUGUGUGGCCAGCUUGGGUGACAUAUCCGGCUUCGUUGAAGAAGACGCUGAUGUUACCACCGACAGGGAAGACUGUCAACAAACAUAUAAGAAUGAUACAGCUUCGGUUGGCGGAAUCGUCGCGGAUUCAGAAUUGCUGGGCGACUUGGACGUCAGUGAUGACCAAUGCACUCCAUUCUCGGACAAAGAUCCACCUUUGACUGGUCGACUGUCUAGUAGUGGGUGGACGAAUCAUUUGCAUUUUGGAUGGCAGUGGCGAACAUUAGUGCUUCCUUUCGCCAUUCUUCCGUCGGUUAUCCAGUAUUUCACAUAGACUAUCAAAUGAGUGUGUUUCGUGUAAAAAAAAAAAAAUCUGUGUUCAAGUCUCUCUCUCUCUCUCUCUCUUUACCUCUUUCAAAUUCAACACCAAAAUGUUUCACGUCGCCCACUCCCUCUCGUUGGUGAUUUUAUGAACGUUAAAUAUUGCAGUUAACCUCAGUCGCGCACAUUGCACGACUGAAAUUAUUUAUAACAAAAAAACUACUAUUUCACACGGAGAAUCUCCGUGAUAUUAGUCAUCGCGCAAAGUUACGAUAAAAAUGUCAAAUAUAUGUUUGGUUCGCGAUAAGGAAUGACAAUUCUUGACAGCCCAAACAAUUUCUUUUUUUUUUCGUCUUUCCCAUCUCACUAAAUUAUCUUAUUUGAAUUCCGUUUUUUUUCCUUUGAGGAAUGAAAACUUGCCAACUUUCAAAGACUGUCGAACGAAGUAGAAUAUUCAUCCAUUCUUACAUCUUAGUUGCUUCAUUUCGUUCAAAAUUCUAUAGUUCAUCUAAAUCUUUAGAUUUUUACCGAAUGGCCAGAUCCUCGAAUUCCAAGAAAAAAACACAAGUUUCUGUGUUGAAUUAAUCUCGUUGUUGUUCAGAGCACUGUUUUGCUACUAUUUCCACACACAAAAAAAAAACACAAUUUAAAAAAUGCUUUUUCAAGGACGCAUCUGGUAUGUAAACUGCGAAGAGCUACAUACAGACAGUUGAGCGUUGUUGAAUUAUGCUUUGGCGAUUUUUUCAGUUUACGAAAAAUUUGAAUCGUUUGGUUUCAACAAUAUCUCUAUGUACGACAGUAUUGCGCAAAAGUUGGUAAGGUGAUUAACUUUGUUUGAUCUGAAGCGAGCUUCAUUUUGUUCAUUGUUGAAAAAGCAAUGGUUUUGCACGUCGUGAUUUUUACGGCGACAACGAAAUCAAUAGCGACGGACGAGAGGUGGAUCAAAGCAAUUCAUAGGGAAUUUAAAAUUUGACUGGUCCGUGAAUAUCCCAAUAGCCAAUAGUUUCCCUCCCCCUUGUAUCUUUUUUAUUCCUAGUGAAAUGUACAAUAAAUAUAGCAGCCUUUAUUCUUUCUCGCACCGAUAUACUGUUCGUUAGAUAAUUUAACUGAUAAAUUACCGAUUGCUUGAACUCCAAGAAAAAUGGUUCGUUUUACUGAUUGACAAGUUUUUUAACUUUGCCUUGGUUUUACCUUUUACGACGUGUAUAUCUUUAUAUACGUGGGAUUGAAGAGCAACUCUGUUAGUCUGUUUCGGUUUCGACUGUGGGUGAAUGUUUCAAAGUGAAUCCCAUUUGGGAUUAAAUUUUUCAUCCAUCUUCCUUUCAUUUACUCUCAUCUUUUCCACCAUAUAGUUUGUAAACCGAAAAAAAUUGUUUAGAUAUCUUAGUUUUGUCUGCAAACUUAACACAGAUGAAAAUCAUGUCUGCUGCAAAUGUAGCGAGAGUGUAUUGAUUAUCGACCAGACACCCCAUGAUUCACCGCGAGAGAAAAUUCAAGAAGAGGAAGUAAUACGACGGUGAAUAAUUCAAAGGAGAAAUAGAUGCAUCACAAUAAUAUAAGACCUUAGAUGUGGAGUCCUUGCCCAAGCUGUUAUGAGAGAACGUAGCCACUGUUUUAUCUAUUAUUUACUAUUACCAGAUUGCUAUAAUGUUCUGUGCAUAAUGGUAGGGCACUUUAUGUUGUUAACAGAGCAAUCCGGUACACAAAAUACAAGCCAUUUGAUGCUAA